AUGGUUGCUAUAAGCACUGUCCCUCUCGCGGCUGCGUUUGGCGCUGGCGCGGCAGCUGCAAUUGCUGCACAAUAUAUAUACCAAACUACGCGUCAUCAAAGUGACUCCACUACACAAUUGUCAGAAUCAGUUGUAACGAACCGUCGUGGGACAGAAGCCGCGACCCAAGAGUUACUGGAGGAGCAGCUUUCCCGUAUCUCUGCCUUUUUCGGUCCAGAAGGCUUCGCCAAGGUCAAAAAUGCUUUUAUAAUUAUUAUAGGACUGGGAGGUGUGGGAUCUCAUGCUGCACAUAUGUUGGCGCGUUCGGGAGUGGGCAAGUUGCGGCUCAUUGACUUUGACAACGUCACACUGUCGUCACUGAAUCGCCACGCGGUUGCCACUCGUAGCGAUGUGGGAUUAUCGAAAGUAUCGGCCAUGAAGCGCCACCUUCUUAGUAUUGUUCCGGAUUGCAAAAUUGAAGACAUGACUGUCAUGUUCGAGGCCGGCAGUGCCGAUGAACUACUGGAAGGCACCCCGGCUUACGUCUUGGAUUGUAUCGACGACGUUAAGACCAAAUGUGCGCUUUUGGAGGCUGUAUCACGCAAGGGACUGAAAGUCAUUACGGCAACUGGAGCUGGUGCCAAAGCUGACCCAACACGCCUACAGAUCGGUUCGCUGAAAGAUGCAGUCCGUGACCCUCUAGCGACUAAGAUUCGAUAUUUCUUGAAGAAGAAGAAUAUCUUGGCAUCAGAGAUCACAACCAUUUUCUCAAGUGAAAAAAGUGUCUGCAAAUUGCUACCGUUGGAUGCUGUGCAAACGCAGAAUCCCGAAGAGUUUGGCAACGUGGAAAACUUUCGCAUUCGUGUGAUUCCAGUGCUCGGAACAAUGCCUGCACUCUUCGGACAAUCCAUGGCAGCAUAUGUCCUUUGCGACUUGGCUGGCAAGAAGCUAAAUCCGGAGGCAGUUGCGCGGCUGUCUCGCGACCAACGCACCAAGUUGUAUCAGAAGCUCCAGCAGCGUGAACACGUGUUGUUCCACGAGGGUCAUAAAAUCGAACUAGGGAAAGAUGAACUCGAGUUUAUUUAUCAAGAAAUAUGGCGGGGACGCAGUUCUGUAAGCGGAACGCGCAAUGGUGGCCAUGAUCGUUUGUACUUGGCUCGCUGGCGUACAAAUCGCCCUUUGCGCCCGGAUAAUGUAGUCUACUUGACGACAAAAGAACUUGCCAUGUUGGAUAAGAGUGGCAUUGACGGGUUUGAUUCCGAGGUUGUUGAGCGCAUUGAUACUCACUUAAAGCAAUUCGGCGACUGGAGUGUUCCUAUCGACACAUAG